CUGGGGCUCGCAUUAGCCCUUUUGGCCACAGCCUUGUGUGGGGAAUUCAUGUUCAGCUGAUUGCCUCCCAGGACCCCCGGUCUCAUAUUCAGUCUCUGCUUCGGAGGAUAGAGUCCUCUCUCUCCCUCUCAUCCUGAUUUUAGAUAAUGGGCUGUGUGCAAUGUAAGGAUAAAGAAGCAACAAAACUGACUGAUGAGAGGGAUGGCAGUUUAACUCAAAGCUCAGGCUACCGCUAUGGGACAGAUCCCACUCCGCAGCACUAUCCUAGCUUUGGUGUGACUUCAAUCCCAAACUACAACAACUUCCAUGCCACAGGAGGCCAAGGACUGACUGUGUUUGGUGGAGUCAAUUCCUCCUCUCAUACAGGGACGCUGCGUACAAGAGGAGGAACAGGUGUAACUCUUUUUGUGGCGCUUUAUGACUAUGAAGCAAGAACAGAAGAUGACUUGAGUUUUCACAAAGGAGAAAAAUUUCAAAUACUUAACAGCUCGGAAGGAGACUGGUGGGAGGCCCGGUCCUUGACAACAGGCGAAACUGGUUACAUUCCCAGUAAUUAUGUGGCUCCAGUUGAUUCCAUCCAAGCAGAGGAGUGGUACUUCGGCAAACUUGGCCGAAAAGAUGCUGAGAGGCAGCUGUUGUCAUUUGGAAACCCCAGAGGUACCUUCCUGAUCCGGGAAAGUGAAACUACCAAAGGUGCCUAUUCCCUGUCUAUUCGAGACUGGGACGAUAUGAAAGGAGAUCACGUCAAACAUUAUAAGAUUCGUAAACUUGACAAUGGUGGAUAUUAUAUCACAACUCGGGCACAAUUUGAAACUCUUCAGCAGCUGGUUCAGCAUUAUUCAGAGAAAGCUGAUGGUUUGUGUUUUAACUUAACUGUGAUUGCUACGAAUAAUACCCCACAAACUGUUGGAUUGGCUAAAGAUGCAUGGGAAGUUGCACGUGAUUCAUUAUUUCUGGAACAGAAGCUUGGUCAGGGGUGUUUCGCUGAAGUGUGGCGUGGUACAUGGAACGGAAAUACUAAAGUGGCUAUCAAGACCCUGAAGCCUGGCACUAUGUCUCCAGAAUCCUUCUUAGAGGAAGCCCAAAUCAUGAAGAAGCUAAAACAUGACAAAUUGGUUCAGCUUUAUGCUGUGGUAUCUGAAGAACCUAUCUAUAUUGUCACGGAGUACAUGAGCAAAGGGAGUUUGCUAGAUUUCUUAAAAGAUGGAGAAGGAAGAGCUUUGAAGUUACCGAAUUUGGUGGACAUGGCAGCCCAGGUGGCCGCAGGAAUGGCGUACAUCGAGCGAAUGAAUUACAUACACAGAGAUCUGCGGUCUGCAAACAUUCUGGUGGGGAAUGGCCUAAUAUGCAAGAUUGCCGACUUUGGAUUGGCAAGACUGAUUGAAGACAACGAAUAUACAGCCAGACAAGGUGCAAAGUUUCCCAUUAAAUGGACUGCACCAGAAGCGGCAUUGUACGGAAGGUUCACAAUAAAGUCGGAUGUGUGGUCUUUCGGGAUCCUACUGACAGAGCUGGUAACAAAAGGGAGAGUGCCAUACCCAGGCAUGAAUAACCGUGAAGUCUUGGAGCAAGUAGAACGUGGUUAUCGGAUGCCAUGUCCUCAGGACUGUCCCAUCUCCUUGCACGAGCUUAUGAUCCACUGCUGGAAAAAAGACCCAGAGGAGCGUCCAACUUUCGAAUAUUUGCAGGGUUUCCUUGAAGACUACUUCACUGCAACAGAACCCCAGUACCAGCCUGGCGACAACCUGUAAAUCCCUGGCCUCCAGACACUGUCAUGAAUUACCAGGUGUUUCUCAGCCCUGCCCCACCUGUCCUUCAGCUUCCAACUCCGUGAUCGGCUUCUCCAGAGUGCAGCAUCUUCCAGCACCGCCGUGCACAGGAGGGGCUGAAGCUGGGAACUUCCGCAGCCCUCGCCUAUGACCCCUUGUCCUAGUAAUCUGAAUGUCCUGGAUGAAAAGGAGAAAAACACUUGUUUUUUCUUAAUCAAAGACUCCAAAACUGCAUUGUAUUGAUGUUAUGUAAACUGCAAAACCUCUGUUCAUUGUAAAUAGUAACUCAGUGCCAAUAACUGAUCCUAGUGCUUUCCUUUUUUUAAAACGCAAAACCUAUGUGAUUUUAACUAGUCUUCUCCUGAUUCAACUAAAAGUAUUAUUUUCCAGAAGUGGCCUCUUUGUCUAAAACAU